AUGAAGGACUGGAGUCUCCGCCUCCUGGAUGCAUUAUGGGCUUACCGCACCGCUUACAAGAUGCCUAUCGGAAUGUCGCCAUAUAGGUUAGUAUUCGGUAAGCCGUGUCAUCUUCCUGUUGAAUUUGACCACCGUACUUUUUGGGCAGUAAAAAAAUGGAACAUGAUUAUUGACGAAGCGGGAACACAUAGAAAGUUGCAUUUGCAGGAAUUAGAGGAGAUUUGGAAUAAGGCAUAUAAGAGAGCCUUGACGUACAAAGCAAAGACGAAAGACUUUCAUGACCAACGAAUAUUAAGGAAUAAUUUUGAUGUCGGUCAGAUAGUGCUUCUUUAUAAUUCUAAGCUUAAGCUUUUUCUCGUCGAAAUUCAAAGCUCAAAGACUGAAAAGAAAUUUGUGGUGAAUGGCCAUCAAUUGAAACCCUAUCUAGAGGGCGCUGAAGCUGAGGACGUGGUUUGGAUGGCUGUUGAGGAUCCUUUAAUUUAA